CCUGACAUUGCACUGGAGCAUCACCGCGGCGAAGGACGGAAUCAACGCUGCGAUUGUGGCGGGCAAGGGUAGCGGCGCCGAGAAGGGCUGGAUAUCCGUUGGCUGGACGGCCACACGUGGCAAAAUGUGCAACUCCGAAGCGGUGGUGGGGAAUCUCCCGGCGCCAAACACCGUGCAGGCCUACGCGAUGACCAGCAAGACCUACCCGAGUGCCGGGAUUCAAACGACAGCUGCCGUCACGCUCUCGGCGACAUCUGUGGUAGCCACUACCCCCGCUGGUGGCAAGAUUGUCAAGUUCACUCGCACCGGCGGCGGCGGUUCGGCUCCGGUCAAUUACACGGGCAUCAACAACUUGAUCUGGGCCUACUCGAGCUCCCAAACUUUCGGCUACCACACCAAACG